GGGCGUUGGGCAGCAGGUACAAAAUGCCUGGGCAGGAGGAAUCUCUGUCGUCGCCCUGCAACCCUCUAGUACGUGGAAUGAGCUCUCGGGCUGCGCCAUCCGCAGACACGUCUAGAAGCCGGCGCUGGGGAAAUGGACCCGGUGACCUUCUUGGACGUGGCCGUGAACUUCACCAAGGAGGAGUGGGCCCUGCUGGACCCUGCACAGAGGAAUCUCUACAGAGAUGUGAUGCUGGAGAACUGCAGGAACCUGGCCUCCAUAGAUAAAACCAAAGACUCAUUCCGUCAGCAGGACGUUAUUACAAAAAAGACAUUUCAUGGAGUGAACAGAGUGUCUCUCACAAGCAACAAUUCCCGGCCCCCCACGUUAGGAGAAGACUGGAAAUGCCACAAAACAGAGGAGCCGCACCUGCAGAGGGGGCAAAAAUCGAAGCAAGUUGCAGUUGCCCGAGAGAAAGAUGAGUCUCCAGUUGGAGUCUGUGAAUAUCGUGAAAUGAGGGACAAUUCUAAACCUAGCCCAAAGCUUCUGCCUUCACAGGGAGAUGCCACAAGAAAAUAUAUCCCAAAAUGUGGUUCAAAUAUUUUGCAACAAAGUUCUGUUUUAACCAGUAAUCAAAAAAUCUAUAAAAACAAUGAAUGUGAUAGAGUCUUGAGGCAGAGCAUUCAGUUGAUUCCACAUGUGAGAAUGCACACAGAGACGAAAUCAAACACAUGGAUUGACAACCAAAACAGUGUGCUUCAUAUGCAUAAUAAAACUUAUAUGGGGGUGAACGUUCACGAAUGGGAUGCAUUUGGAAGAGUCUUCAUUGCAGACUCUUCCCUUAAGGCACACAGAACUCAUGUUAAAGAGAAAACUUACGUGUCUAAUCAGUGUGAAAACAUCUUCCAAAAUAACUCGAUCGAUGCUGUGCAGAGGCAGCCUUAUAUGGCAGAGGCAAAUAAUGAGAAUAGUCAAAGUGGAAAAACCUUUGCCCGCAUUCCAUAUUCUGAUCAGCAUAGGAGAACAAAGACUGGAGAGAAAAGGUAUAGAUGUCAUGACUGUAGGAAAUCCUUCGUUUAUCAGUCAUUCCUUAGGAAACACAUGAAAAUUCACACGGGAGAGAAACCGUAUGAAUGUAAUAAAUGUGGGAAAGCCUUUAGAUAUUCCUUACACCUUAAUAAACAUGUAAGAAAGCACAUUAUGAAGCCAUCCUAUGAAUGUAAGGAAUGUGGGAAAGCCUUCAGUAAGUCUUCAUAUCUUACUGAACAUAUAAGGAUUCACACUGGAGAGAAACCCUAUAAAUGUGAGGAAUGUGGAAAAGCCUUCCUGAAUUCUUCGAGAUUUAAAAUCCAUCUGAAGACUCACAGUUGAGAGAAGUCCAGGGAAUGAAAGGAAUGUGGGAGAAGCUUCACUGAUUUUCUCAAAAUACUGAACAUAAAGGAGGAUAUGUCGGGAGCUCAAUGAGUUAAGGUACAUGGGAAACUCUUCUGCAAGCUCCCAUAUCUUACAUAAAUGGGAGAGUUCACACAUUUCAAAUUCAAAGGAACCCUGUGAAGAUAAAGACUGUGAAAAGCUUUCGAUCUUCAUUAAUCUUUAGUAGACAUCUGUCCCCACACUGGAGAGAAACCCUAUGAAUCUAAGGAAUAUGGAAAAGCUUUUGAAUGUUGCCUCAAACUCAGUCCCUAUAAGAACUCACACUGCAGAGACACCUUAUGGGAGUAAGGAAUGUGGGAAAGGCCUCUUUAAACACUCAUCCCUAAGUUAAUAUAAGACCACACCCUGGAGAGAGACUCUAUGAUGAUAAUAGAUAUGAGAAAGCCUUUAGUUCCAUCUCUUCACUUAUGGGGCACAAAUGAGUCCGUGGUAGAAGAUAAGCACAGUAAAUGUUAUAAUUGUUGCCAUCAUCAUCAUCAUCAUCUCAUCCUUUGAUUGGAACCGAAAUUCAUUAUUUCUCGGUUUUUCUUUUCUCACAAAAUCCUAUAAGAUGAAUAUCCCUCUGUGGACCCUUUCAGCUCUGCCACAUGAAUUUUGAUAUGUAGUAGCUUCAUUACAAAUCACUUACGUACAUACAGCUUCACCAACAGGAAACCUUGUUUGAGCCACAUUUAAUUUAGAUUUGGGUUUAGUAUGGCUCCCUGAUACCAUUUUUGUCAGUUUGUUGUUACUGCUCAUGAUUUGCCUGCAUUGUGAUCAGAGUAUAUUGUCUUUAUGAUGCUGAUAUGGGCUAGUUACUCUGACUUUCAUUUCGGGCUCAUGGCUGAUUCUGUCAAUUGGCUGGCCAUAUCCAUUCUUCCCAUCUUCUUUACUAAAGGUAUGUAGGUUUGUUUUUCCAGAGUUAGCAAUGUUUAAUGUUUUUAAAUGCAUUUCUCAGUUUUUCUCAUAACUGGUGGUGAGCAGAGCUUAUAGCCCUGGCCAGUAAGGAGGGUAGAAUUCAGUGGUUUGAAUUCCUAGUGAGCUGUUGGAAAGAGGAGAGUGUUCGUCACUCUUUUUCUCUUAACCAAGUUCCCUUUGCUCUCUUUCCUUGUUGCUCUCUGGAAAUUGGAUGAAAUUCCCUGAGUUAACACAAGCAACUUUAGGAUCAUUGGAAUGAAAGUCAUAGUCCCAAUAAUACAACCCUGAAAAUACAAGAUUUCUUACUCCCCAAUGGCAUGAUUUUGGGUGUUCGUGGCUGCAGCAGACUGUAUUUCUAGACUUAUUACAUGAAGCAAACCCCUAGUUUGAUUAAAAAGCAUUUUCAGGGAGAUUUUUAUAACUCAGAGUUAAAUGCUAAGUGAUAAACCUAGUGUGUGGCCAGUUUUUUAUAAUUGCCUCUUGUGUGUUUCAAAGUAGUGUGUAUUUCUUUGGUUUGGGUGGGCUCACGGUUCAGUACAUGUCUGAACGGUCAAGCUUCCAGAGUGUUUUAUAAUCUCUUGAAUGUAAAAAUUUUGACUCAUUCGAUCUUUUACUGAGCAAGUUUAUAAUAAAACAUCCCACUCUAGAAGUGGAUUAUCAAA